AUCGUGGAGAAUGGGAGUAUUUCUAGGAUCCUCUGUGAUGAAUGAUCUAGUAGAUCCAAGGUCAAUGGUCUUUCAGCACGGCGGGUGCUGCAUGCAGUCACGACUUGAAUAGAUCCAACAUUACUUCUGCGCCCAGAUGAACAGCCAGAUCACAUCGUUAGUGGGUUUGCGAAACCAGCAGAGGCUUGAAGUGUCUUCUCGUAGUAAGAAAGCUCUAUCAUCUUAGAUUACAGUUUGUCCUUUCACCGCACUUCUUUGUUUUUAAAAACACACUACACGGCUUCAUACAUAAUACUGUCGUACUCAUAUCUCUUCUCUGCUGAGGUAAGUAGAUAAGUACUAAUAUUCAAUUCCAGCCACGAUGACCGUAGCCAGUACAACAACGACAGCCAGCAGCUCUUCGACGCAGGUAAGGACCUACGCCUUCCGGAAUGAGGACCAUACCCUGGGGAACGUGUUAAGGUAUGCCUUGAUGCAGCACGUCGACGUGGAGGGGGCGGGAUACAACAUUCCGCAUCCUUCCGAGGAGGUCAUGAAUGUGUGGGUCCAGAGCAAAAACAACGUAUCACCAGACGACUGCAUGGAACAAGGUAACGGAAUAUGUUUCUUUUGCAAGCAAUACCGUGUUUCGUCGUGUCUGUCAAGUCAGCUGAUGUUAACCACGCAUUUUGACUUGCACACUGCGUAGUUCAAUUCUUCUGACAUGAGUCGUGACUCCGUCUUUACCACGAAUUAUGCGUUCCUUUUGACUUAUGCAUACAAAAAAAUCAAAAUCACAACAGCCUUGGAAAACAUUCAAGACAUGUGCGAUCACGUGAGUGCAACGUACGCGGAUGCGCUGCGAAGAUUUAAGGAGAAGAACCCAAAAGCGCCGGCGUUUACUGCGCAACCGCAGGUGGCAAGCGUGGCGGAAACAAGUGGGAGUAGUGCAAAAAAUAUGAAGACUAUGAAGACGGAGAAACCAGCGAAAGCAAAGUGAACUGAUACAACACUUGAUGGUGUUUGCGACGCGACCUGAACGAACGAAAACGAAGCUGUUUGCGCACAACAGUAUAUUCAAUUCGACACGAACUGAU